AUGACAACUGAUGAUUCAAGGAUUCUUGAUUUCUGUGUUGAUGAUUUUGAUGUCGACACAGAUGGAAAAAGAUUUAUUUGGCAGGGUAUCUGCAAGUUUCCUUUUAUUGAUGAAGAGCGCCUUCUUGAUUCAACAAAAAUGAUUAAGAAGGAACUGACUGAAAGAUCCCAUCUCUCCAACGGAUCAAUGGAUGACCACAAUCGUGGUUCGGGGCAGAUGAUGGAUGGAACCCAGAUCAAUAUAGAUGUAACUGCACUUGGGGCUAUAAUUGCUUUGGGUCUAAUGUACUUAAAGGUAACUCUUUGGCAGGAAGGAUGA